GAUAAUUCCACAUGAAUCCCUGAGGGACAAGAUAAUCACAAUCUCUCACAAGCAAGGACACUUGGCAAAGACAAAGGAGCUAUUAAGGCGGAAAUACUGGUUCCCAAGAAUGAACAAGCGGAUUGAGGACAUCGUUAGCUCAUGCUUCAGCUGCCAGGUAUCAACAAACACACAUCACACCGAGCCAGCUAAAAUGACAAGCUUACCAGAAAGACCAUGGGAAACGGUGAAGGCAGACUUUUGUGGACAAUUUCCAAACAAAGAAUAUGUACUAGUGGUCACAGACCAGUAUUCAAGAUACCCGGAAGUAGAGUUUAUCACAUCAACAGCACUUAAACCAACCCGGAAGAAACUUAAGAAGAUGUUUGCUACACACGGUGUACCAAAAGUCGUACAAACCGACAACGGACCACCGUUUAACUCCACAGAAUUCACAGAGUUUGCAGCUAUAGAAGGAUUCAGAGAUAAGAAAAUCACACCAAGACACCCGAAAGCCCAAGGCCAAGUUGAAGGCUUUAACAAGCUUAUAAACAAGAUAGCGACUAUUGCUAACCAAGAACACAUAGAUGUACACGAAGCGACAUACGACAUGCUAUCAGCCUACAGAGACACACCACACCCAGCUACAAAGGAGACACCCUAUGAAUUGAUGAUGAACAGAGAAAUAAGAACGAAAUUGGAACAUUUCCAACAGACAAACCGACACAGGAUAGGGAAAUACGACGCAACGGCAGCAAGUACAAAGAACAAACAAAAAUGUACCACGACAAAAGACACAGAGCAACAAAACACAAGCUCGCAGUAGGACAAUCAAAGGAUCAACAGUCAAGGCAAGAAGAAUCGGAGAUGGAAAGAUUGUGUCGAGAUGCAUCAAGAGUUAAACAACUGAAGUCUGCGACAAUACAGGAAGAAAGAGAGGAAGACGGUAGAGAUAUCAAAAAGAUUCCAUCAUGCUUCAAGGAGCAAAUACACCAGCCAAUACACCAGCCAGAAGUGAUUUCACAGCCAAGACGAUCAGGACGGAAACACAUUUCUAUAUUUGACCGGAGACUGCGAGAUUAUUCGAAGUAAUACCAUUAUGAACUAAAUGGAAAGAACAGUAGACACUCAAAAAGAGACACAUUGUUACAGUUAUGUAUUGAUUUAAAAUAUUUAUAGAUUAUGAUUGUACAUAGAAAUGAUUCUCUAUAAUUAUAUAUACAUAUAAGUAUCUGAAAAGGGAGGAAUGUAGUA